AAGAAAGAUGGUAAGAUAAAAGAUACAAAGCCUAUGUCAGAAAAUGGCCCACGAGUGAAGCAAGUAUGCCUUACCUUACACAUUACUACAGUGUGAAAUCUCGAAAAGCUGUCAAAUUCAUGAAUUUCAGAUCUAAUUUAGCAUAAUUUGAUACCAAUUUUCCACCAUUUUAUUCUGGAUUUCUUUUUACAGUUAUCUUGAAUUGGUCUAUAUUGUGGCUUGCUUUCUUCGAUUCUCUUUACAUUUGUCUCACCAGUCGCCCUCUUUUUUUCACUUCAAGACUCGCACAAAAACACACUGCAGGUCACCCCUAAUUUUUUCAGUUUUGGAGGCAGCCUCAUUUAUGAUUCUUGUAACUUGGAGUUGGUACUUGGUUGUGUUCAAGAAAUUGACUUACCCUUUUGCAGAAUGGGAUCUGGGGCGUGCCCUUAAAAUUCUGGGGUAGAAUAAUUCUAAAAUUCUUGUUUAUUUCUUUCUAUCUGCAAUCCAAGGAUUUUGGAAGGUUAUUAGAUUCCUAGUGCCAAAAACCCAUAUUAGAAAUCAGUUAUUUUGUUUUUAAUUUUUCAUCUUUACCUCAAAGAUUUCACCUUGGUACUAUAGGGUUUGUAGAGUUUCUUGAUAUAUUGCUUUAGGGUACUCAAGAAUCACUUCCAUUUACUCCUAGCCUGUUUGGUAGAGUGUAUUCUACUCGGGACAAAGUUAAAAAUCUUGUCUAUAUUAUUUAGUCGACUCCAUGCCCAUCAUGUAUAAAUCACCGUCAAGCAGAAUCCUAGGAGGGAAUGGGAUGUUGUAUGCUACUAUUGGUUUUGCUUCUUUUUUAGUUUUUUUGUACAUGUCUUUUGGGGAUCUGUGGUUCAAUCUCCAUGGAAGAACAAAUUUCAGUUUUGUGAAGAGGAAUGGGACUCAGUUCAUAGUGGAUGGUAGGCCUUUUUACUUUAAUGGGUGGAAUUCUUACUGGAUGAUGGACCAUGCUGUGGAUGAAUCAAGAAGACCCAGAAUCAGAGAAAUGCUGCAAACCGGUGCUAAGAUGGGUCUCACUGUGUGUAGAACCUGGGCUUUCAAUGAUGGUGCAUACAAUGCCCUCCAAAUUUCCCCUGGUAGAUUUGAUGAAAAAGUAUUCAGAGCAUUAGAUUAUGUAAUCGCGGAAGCCAAUCAACAGGGAAUAAGGCUGAUUCUAAGCUUGGUUAAUAAUUUGCAAGCAUACGGUGGAAAGACUCAGUAUGUUAAGUGGGCAUGGGAAGAGGGUGUUGCUUUAAGCUCUUCUAAUGAUUCAUUCUUCUACGACCCAUCAAUUCGGCAUUAUUUCAAAAAUUAUGUCAAGACAGUGCUAACAAGAAAAAAUACUAUCACUGGGAUUGAGUACAGGGACGACCCAACUAUCUUUGCAUGGGAGUUAAUUAAUGAACCCCGCUGCUUGACUGAUCCUUCUGGUGACACUCUCCAAGAUUGGAUAGAAGAAAUGUCUUAUUUUGUGAAAUCAAUUGACCGGAACCAUCUACUGACUGUGGGUCUUGAAGGAUUCUACGGUCCUAAAAAUUCGAAAAGGUUAAGCUUCAAUCCAGAGUUCUGGGCAGCUGAUCUUGGGUCUGAUUUUACACGAAACUCAAUGAUCUCAACUAUUGAUUUUGCAUCUGUUCAUAUUUACCCUGACCAUUGGUCUCAUGUUCAGAAUUUCGAAUAUAACCUAAGAUUCGUCUCCAAGUGGAUGAUCUCUCACAUCGAAGACGGUGACAAAGAUCUAAAAAAGCCCAUAAUGUUCACUGAAUUCGGUUUAUCUAACGAAGACCUAGAUUUUGACCCCUCUCUGCGCGAGAGAUUCUACAAAGUGAUUCUUGAUAUCUCAUACAAAUCUGCUAAACGGAACAAGUCUGGAGCAGGGACUUUGGUAUGGCAGUUUCUGGUCGAAGGGAUGGAAGAGUUUAACGAUGAGUUCGGGAUUGUUCCAUGGAAAAGACCAUCGACGUAUCAGCUAUUUACGGAGCAGUCUUGUCGACUGGCUAGAAUCCAAGGAGCUCUUCCUUCACAAGAAAAACAUCUGAAAAAGUUGUGCGGGCAAAGAUAAUUCAAGAAAUGUUUUUCUUUUUUCUUUUUCUUUUUUUUUCAGGCGGAAUUCUAAUUCUUGCAGGCAAAAUAAGGUCGUAUGUUUUGCUAACUGAAUUUAUUAAUACUGUCAAACAGACGCUUAUAUAAGUGUAUUAUUUCAUCAUAUGAACCAUUUGUGCAGAGCUUUUCUGCAUAGCUUUCGUCGCGAGUUC